CUUGAAAUAUUAGGAGAACGCCACGAUGAUUAACGAUGUCUAACAUAUUUUCAUGGAAAUACGAUAAGAUUCGUGGUGUGCAAAACGUGGUGUGCAACGGCGACAAAAUGGCGGACAAUCAGAGAAGAAGACGAUAUCUGACCAUCAGCAUACUUCACAUCAUCACCAUCAUGUGCCAAGCCUUGUCCGAUCAACCGAUGUUUGCUGAGCCAAUACCGAACGUCACGGUGCCACUGGGGAGAGACGUCAGCUUACCCUGCGUCGUCGAAAACCUCGGUAAUUACAAGGUGGCGUGGAUUCACGUGGGACGUCAAAUGCUCUUGACCAUCCACAAGCACGUGGUGGUGAAGAUACCGAGGUUCUCGGUUUCCCACGACAACCAGAAGACCUGGCUGCUGCACAUCAACAACGUACAACAGGACGACCGGGGCUACUAUAUGUGCCAGCUGAACACGAACCCGAUGAUGAGUCAGGUCGGCUUCCUUCAAGUUGUCGUGCCACCAAACAUUUUGGACUCGCUGUCGACCGAGAGCACGGUGGCGGUCCGUGAGAACCAGAACAUCACGCUCACGUGCAAAGCGGACGGCUAUCCAACGCCGAAGUUGAUGUGGAAGAGGGAAGACGGCCAGAGCAUAAGCAUCAAUCGGCACUACAAAGGUGAGCGUGCAAUCUCUUCGGUUUUCAGAUCAGUAAAAUCCGGGCAGGCAGAUGUUCGAUUUCCGGUGAUUAAACCCGGCGAGUCGAACGUGACGUUAAAACCUGGCCACGGACGUAGCCAGGACGUAGUGGAGAAAGCCUGCUUCGCCGCGCGCGCGUACGUGUAA